CUCGGUCUCUCUCUCUCUCCACUUGCCCUCCAUCGCGUGCAUGCAUAAAGGCCAAGCUACGGUCAGCUCAUUCUCUCGCUUCAGACCUCCAUGGCUGCCCACCUCUUUCCUUUUCAUCCAUGUCUCCUCUGCCUCUUCUUCUUCUUCUUCAUCCUCUUUCUUGGAGCUGAUGCAACUUCAGGCUUCAUCAGCAUCGACUGCGGUGCUUCAGAUUCCUACACGGACGCCGACGGCAUCCACUGGGAGAGCGACAGGGCAUACAUUUCCAAUGGCGAGAGCCGAGCAGUGCAGAGCACCGAAUCCAUGGCCACGCCGCUGACAACGCUCCGUAUGUUCUCGUCGAGGAAGAAGAACUGUUACCCGAUCCUUCUCCCCGAUGCCCGACGCAUCCUCGCCAGAGUCAGCUUUCACUACGGCAACUACGACAAGAAGGCGGCGCCGCCGACGUUCGAGCUCCAGUUCGACGGCAACAGCUGGGCCACGGUCGUCACCCGGAUGGAUGGCGCUGUCUACUUCGAAGCCGUGUACGAUGUGCGCAUGGGCAGGACCAGCAUAUGCGUCGCUCAGACCAUCCCCAAGCAGCUGCCCUUCGUGUCGUCGAUCGAAGUUAGGCAGCUGGAGAACUCCAUGUACGACGGCGAACCCACCUUCGCCUUCUUCCUCCUCAGAAGGUGGUCGUUCGGAGCUACUGACAUCGUCAGGUACCCUGACGACAACUACGAUCGAAUCUGGGUUCCUGCCGCAGAUUCUGCAGGAGUAACCUCACUAUCCAGCGACACAACCAUCAUGGACACCUCAAAUUCGACCGAGCAUCCUCCAAAAGCUGUGUUGCUCAACGCUUUCACGACGACAGAUCCAUCCGCCGACUUGAGUUUGACGUUCGCUGAUCUUGUUCCAGCAGCCACCAUUCCGGUCUACAUCAACCUCUACUUUGCUGAAAUGACUUCGCUGAGUUCUUCUGAUGUGAGAUCGUUCCGGAUUGACAUGGAUGGAAAGACAUCAGAUCCGAUCGUUCCGCCUUACCAAAAGGUGUUGGAGUUUUCGUUCGCCGAUCGUGGCGUCACAGCUAGCAGUCAAAUGGCGUUGCGAGCUACAGCCGACGCCACCCUUCCCCCCAUCAUCAGUGCCAUGGAGAUCUUCACCGGUAGCAGUCUCAGCAACGGAACAGCCGAAUCCGACGCGAAGGCGUUGACAAUUUUACAGCUACAGUUUAAGGCUCUCAGUGACUGGAAUGGCGAUCCUUGCCUCCCGGCAAACUACAGCUGGGAUUGGGUUGGAUGCAGUUCUGAUCCAGUUCCACGAAUCAUUGCACUGUAUCUUGCUGGGUAUGGGCUUGCUGGAGAUCUUCCAGACUUCAGUGACUUGAGCUCUCUGCAGACCAUAGAUAUGCACAACAACAGCAUUACAGGAGAAAUCCUUGACUUCCUGGGCAGGUUGCCCAACCUAAUUCAGCUGAAUCUGGCUGAUAACAAGUUGAGCGGAGCGAUCCCAUCGUCUUUGACCUCAAACAACAGGAUCGAGCUGUUGUAAGUGGUAUAUUGGCACCUUGUUAGAGCCAAUAGUGAGAGGCUGCUGCUCUGUGAAUUUGUCUAUGGAAUUCCAUAUAUCUUUCGGAUUCAUGGUUAGCUGUUGGACAUACAGGACUUCUGGAAAUCCAGACUUGUGCUCUCCCGGCCAGACCUGUGACACAUCCAAAGGUUCAAGCUCUGCUGGUGCCAAAAAAAAGAGUAGCAAAUUAGGGCUCAUACUUGGAGUUGCGGUUCCGGUGUUCUUCGUCGCCCUUGUAGCCACAGCAGUCACGUUCUUCCUUCGGAGCAGGAGAAGAGCUCCACCUGUUGCAGCAGAAAAUCCAGGGCAUGUUAAUUCAUACGGUAAGCCGCGAGAAACAGCUGAAGGUCAGGGACAGGGUGCCAUAAAAGGUAAUGGCCAUGGCAUGUUUGGAGCUCGACAUGGAAGAAUGGUUCAAACACCUGGUGUUCAAUUCAUAGGAGCAGAUAAACCGAGAGUGGCACCUAGAAAUGCACCUGUUGUUGCCCAGUUCCCAGCUGCAGCUGGUGAGUAUCCUGCGGGGAGCGAGGAAGUCGUGGAGGAGCAGCCAAUGAUAGUGGAAGCAGCAUACGAGGAGCAGAGAUGGGGUGAAGAAAUGGUGGAUGUGGAGAUGCACGAUGAAGAACACUAGCAACACCUAGUAAGCAAUGGAAACAGAUGUUCCAAUUUCUUAUAUGUUUUGCAUCAGUGAGAUGGAGAAAUCAAAGAUGAGCAAAAUUCUUUCUAA